GCACAUCACUAUUAUUUGACGUGACGUGUAUCCGAGACGUGGCUGACGUUUGUGUUUUGUGGUGCAAAUUGGAGCUCAUUCAAAUCGGAUUUCCUUUCCCUUUACAAUACUACUACUUUUGCUCGUACGGGAAAGUACUGCAAAUACUCUUCUGAAAUGGAUCAAAUCGUGAAAUUUGUGGAGCCUGGCAAGCAGUUCGCCAAGGAUUCCAUCAGAUUAGUGAGAAGAUGCACCAAGCCCGACAGGAAAGAGUUCCAGAAGAUUGCGAUCGCGACGGCCAUCGGCUUCUGCAUCAUGGGCUUCAUUGGCUUCUUCGUGAAGCUCAUCCACAUCCCCAUCAACAACAUCAUCGUAGGCUCAUAGACAAACCCUAGCUUAGAUCUAAAUUAUAUCUGUAAGGCACCAAUUAAACCUAUGUAAAGUAUACAUUGAUAACUUUUAUUUAUGUUGUACGUAUAGAAAUAAUGAUAUGAUUAUGAUGCUUGUUGUGAUCGAAUUCCAUUAAAUUAUUUCAUCUUUUUUACAA